AAAAAAAAAAUCGAUGUCCGCGCCAUUCGGCAGCAGGAGGCGCGCUGCGCGAAAGCUGAAUCAACACAAAACGAAGUUUGAAGAGAGGACGGGGCAGUGCAUGGUUGCCGCGUCAGCAGAAGAUAACACGCGGCGCGCUGUCGAACGCGGCAGCCUCACCGUCGUAGAGAGAACGCUGGAGGAAACGCAGGAGGAGUUGGUCAAAAGUAAGAAAAUUGUGGAAGAGAGCCAAGCUCAACCUCGCUGCCGCCGCCGCCGCUGCUGCUGUUUUUUUCAGCAGCAGCAGCGGCGGCGGCAGGUGUCUGCGUGGCUUCACCGCCCGGCUGCUGCUCGGGUGUGUCAUGAGGCAUGUGUUCUAGAGUGGGAAAGCGCAAUGGUGUUGUGCUGUGCCCCAUAGCAGGCUGCAAAGCACACAGGCGAGCCGCGCCCUCGCGCGUGUGCGUCAGAGGGGUCUUUUCGGGAGGUUCCGACGGUUCCAUGCAAUUUCAUUUGUUGGUCGAUUUUCCAUCAGCAAGAUCCGAGGACGCUUUUUCGAAUUUUUUCCGAUAGGAAACUUUCCGCUUUGACACCCCUAACAGUGCCAGACCGGCACUAUCCAGGGCUGCCCACUAUAGUGCCGGUUCGGGCCCCACUGAACCCCACAAUAGUGCCGGUUCAAGCACGCACCCACACACGACACACAAGAGACGCGCACAACACAGAAGACAGACACAGAGGAGAGGGUACACGUGCUGCUGCAGACCCGAACAGUUCUAGUGAGGGCGGGGGUUACAGCUACAGCGGCUGUUUGAUUAUUCUUGCAUGUCCCGUUCUUGCGGUCGUGUUUUUUUUUCUUGUUCUGGCUACAUCGAAGGAGGGUGAGGAGGAGACAGAUCUCGCUUCCUCCUUCACCAAUAGGUUGUGCCAGCAGGAGCUUCGCAAGAGUGUUACCGUCAAAAAUCCAUGAGCUUCACGAUCAGUGGUUUGCUUUUGCUGUCGAGGAGUGAUGUUGAGGUUGCGCGAAAUGGUUUGAUCCGUUUAAGGCCAGUGCCACGGCAUUCUUGCCAACGAAAUAUUGAACAACUAUGAGGUGCAUCCGCGAUAUUCAUGUGAAGGGUUUAAGUCAGGUUAUGCAAGUGUGCAGUACGUGCGCUGAGGUGGGUACAGCAACAAGGUGCAGCAUGUGUGUCCCGUAAAGUUAACCUCUUAAGCAAAACAUGUGUGUUCGACAGGGCAG